AGGUCCUUUUUCCUCCGCAGACCCUGUUGCGGCCCCCCCCCAGGGUGCUGCGUUCCCGGCCGCAAGCUGCCCCCGGAGGACCCUUGGAGAUUUUGGCCCCUGGGGGCCGCCGAGGGGGAGGCUCUUGAGAUAUGGCUGUGACGCUGAGCAUGGAUGAGAACAAGAACGAGGACAACGACUCUGUGUUGGAGAAUCUUUUCCCUGUUAGGUGGAAGGACAGAAGACCCAUGUCCUGGAAGCGAUACCUGUUCUACGCCGCCAUUAUACUAGCGGCAUUGCUUCUCAUCGCAAUUAUCAUCUGGCUCGCCCUAUGUGCGUAUUCCUGCCCCCAUUUGUGGAUCGGGUUCAACAGGAAAUGUUUCUACUUCUCCGAAGUGGAAAAGAACUGGACGUCGAGUCGGGACGACUGCCGCGCGCGCGGCGCCAGCUUGGCCGUGAUCCAGUCCAAGGAGGAGCUGGACUUCGUGCUGCGCUACAAAGGUUUUCCUGACCACUGGAUCGGGCUGAGCCGCCAAACCCCGAGCCAGGGCUGGGAAUGGGACGACGGCACCAAAUUCGACAGCUCCUUGUUUCCCAUCGGAGGAGGUGAGGACUUUGCUUUCCUGAACGACCGCAAAGUCACCAGCGCUCGCAGCAGCGGCGAGCGGCACUGGAUCUGCACCAAGCCGCAGAGCAGGCAGCGCUGAGGCCAGCAGGCACGGCACCUCCGGGUCGUGCAGAGAAUACCUCACAUCUUGGUGCCUUGGUGGACGUUUUGAGAACCUGACACGGCAGGACAAGACCCAGGCUUCAUUUCUCAGGCCGUUUUGACGUAGCUAACACGCUUUUGGAGCCUUUUCACGUUUUCUGCCUCCAACCAGCGAGUUUCCUUGCUUCUGCAAAACGCUUUUGUCACCUCAAACUCUUCUGCACUACAUUUUUGCUCCGUCUUUAUCAACGCCUAGCAUUAAUAUUGAUGAUAGAGGCAUGGCUGGAUCAGGAAAAGCAGCGAUGUAGUACGUCGUGUAACUGACAACAGGCAGCCCAAUUCCUUUUUAGCUUUUAAAGCUCCUUUUCUCAAGGAAUUUGCACUUUCUUAGCACAGGAGAAGGUGCUAACUUUUUAUAACGGAGGAACAUUUUAAAAUACAGUGUUGUGCCAAAGAGGUAUCAGUAUUGUGCAUAGGCAGAAGAUAUCGUGGGGUGGAUGGGGUUAUUUCGAACCACACGAUCCUGGAAAUGGUUUGGGCUGGAAGAAAGCUUCAAGAUCGUCUUGUUCCAACCUCACUGCCCUGGGCUGAAGUCCCUGAGCUCCUACUUGGGGGGGAAGCAGCUGUAACCCAUCGCCCCUGCUGGUGCUAGCCUGAGAAGUGUGAGUAGCGGGUGUGUUGCUUCGACAAGGAGCAACGUCUUGCUCUUACAGUUCCUCCUGUGCUCGAACAAACAUUUCACGGGCUCCCAGGCUGGAUUGCAGAGGCAGUCUGGAGUCGGAUCCACGUGAAUUUCAGAUGGUGCACGUGGAAGAAAACGGUGCCUUCUGCUUGCUUUUCUGUUCCUCUGUAUCUUUGCACUUUAUGGGCAGCAUUUUUGUGUCCUGUUUUUAUUUAUAUUUUCACUUCAUUUAUAGUUUCCCAGUAAAGUAUUUCUCAAAGCCUGG